AAAAUAUUUUUGUCAAGAUUUGGAUUUAAUUUUUGUUGUAUUCAAUAAGCAUCAUCACCAGCAAUAGACUGAACAUCAAGAGUUUUUUGUCAACACUAAACUUUUGUCCAUCAUUGAUAUUGUUUAAAUAGGAUUGUAGAUAAUCAACUGUUUUAAAGAUCCGAUAUUGUGAUUGAGAAACAAAUUCACACAAUCAGCAUCAACAUCAAUUAAUUUAUUAUUUAAAUAAUUAUUAUUGGAGUACUAGUAACACAAUAUGCCAUUAUUUGGAAUACCUAAAAAGCCACUACAAAAAAGAGGAUUAGGUCAGGCCCAAGAUAAACAAUGGCCAUCCAAUAAGCCUGUUUUUCAUAUUCCAAUCACCGAUGAGGUUUUUGAUGAUUAUGAGGAUUAUGUCAAUAGGCAAAUAAUGUAUAAACUUCAAAUUUGGAGUUGUCAAUACACAGGAAGAGAAAACAUGACAUAUGAACAAGCAUUGGAAUCAGAAAAAGAACACAAACAACAAGAUUUGUUUAAAUAUUAUCCUAGAUAUAUUCUUCGUCAUAUUUGUUAUAUGGUACAUAAUUGUAGAAAGGGUGAAACUUUCCAAGAAUUAGCACAUAGAAUGGCCAAGUUUUUUGAGUAUAACUUCAUAGAGGGUGAGGAACUUUACUGUGAGUUGGACACAACUAUUUCUGUUGUUUUAAAAAGAAUACUUCUCAAGAAACUUCACUAUUAUUUGAAUGAUCCAAAUUUUCCUCCUUUUUCUGCACCUUUGUAUAUAACAGAUGCUGAUAGUCAUCAAAUUGAAGUUUUUCAUCAAACAAAACCACAGGAACAUCAUUAUGAUUACGAUUUACU